AUGGUCUGCGAUGCUGCGCUAUCUCUGGAUCAGACGCGUGUGCAGCUCACCGCGCCAGAUUCUCUGGGCCUGCAGCAUUUCCUUCGCGACAGCCUCCGGGCAACUUCACAUCAAGUCAUGGCUCUGGUGGUGGCUUUGGCUUUGAACUCCAGCUCUGAUAGCUUGAAAGCCGGCGUGUGCGUUCUGGGUGGAGGCGGCAUGGCCUUGCCAAUGGUAUUGGUGACGCAUUUGGAAUCUGUCCAGGUGCAUGUGGUAGAGCUUCACGACGUUGUUAUAGACUUCGCGAUUAGAUAUUUCGGCGCUUCACACCCGCGACUUCACGCAGAGCAAGGUGGGCAUGUUCUAUGCACCAAAAUUAGAGUCCUCAUCAACACUCACAUGGUGUUUCGCAAGUUUAUUUAUGGGCAUGUCUGA